AUGCAUUUGAACUAUCCCAUAACCACAAACCGGUACAGAUUGGGACUUAGAGGAAAUGAGACGGAUAGGCUGGCACUGCUAGCCAUCAAAGCUCAAAUAAAGCAGGAUCCUCAUCAACUCCUGAGCUCCUGGAAUGAAUCCAUCCACUUUUGUCUAUGGCACGGUGUCACUUGCAGUCGUCGACAGCAUCAGAGGGUCUCUAUGCUAGACCUACAGUCCCAAAACUUUGCAGGGUCCAUAUCCCCACAAAUAGGAAAUCUGAGCUUCCUAAGGGAACUAUACCUCCAAAACAAUAGCUUUACUUAUGAAAUCCCUUCAGAAAUUGGGCAUUUGCAUAGGUUAAAGAUUUUACGUCUAGACCAAAACUUACUUAGUGGCCCUGUUCCUGCCAAAAUAUCCAGUUGCAUCAACCUCAUCUUUAUCCAUUUUGGUAAUAACAGGUUGGUGGGUAAGAUUCCUUCAGAAAUCAGCACCUUGUCAAAGCUUCAAAAACUUGUUUUACAAUCCAAUAAUUUCACAGGAGAAAUCCCUCCUUCCUUGGGGAACCUUUCGUCUCUCGAGAUACUUGGUGCUACUUAUAAUAACUUGUUGGGAAGCAUCCCUACCUCUCUAGGCCAGUUGAAAAAAUUAACAAGGUUUGCAAUGGAUUCAAAUAACUUGUCAGGUACUAUCCCUCCUUCCUUCUAUAACCUCUCUGCUCUCGUUAUUUUUACCAUAGCAAUAAACCAAUUUCAAGGGAGUAUUCCUUCUGACUUGGCGAAAACUCUUCCUAAUCUUCAAACAUUUGAAUUUCACACGAACCAGUUUACGGGAUCAAUUCCUUCAUCAAUAUCCAAUGCCACAAGUCUAGUAGCAUUUGAAGUUUCAAAUAACAAACUGACCGGACAGGUUCCAAAUUUGGAAAGGCUUCAUAACCUUGUGAAUUUUAACAUCCAAUUUAAUCAUCUUGGAAGCGGUCAACAUGGUGACUUGAGAUUUGUCUCAGAUUUGUGCAAUGCCACAAGGUUAUGGAGGUUGAUAAUAAGCUCUAACAAUUUUGGCGGGACAUUACCAGCUUCAAUAGCCAACCUCUCAACCACGCUUGAAGUUCUUGUGGUUCAAAGAAACAAGCUACAUGGAAGCAUACCAGCUGGGAUAGGGAAUCUGGUCAACUUGGAAUUCUUGGCUCUGGGGGAAAAUUCCUUCACAGGUAGCAUCCCCACAGACUUUGGGAAGCUUUCAAUGGUUGAGGAAAUAGAUCUUCAAGUCAACCAGUUAUCAGGAACCAUUCCAUCUUCUUUUGGAAACUUAACCAAGUUAUCCGCACUGGGAAUGCAAGGGAAUAAUCUUCAGGGAAGCAUCGGGGUGCUUGGGGGAUGCCUUGGACUGCAAGAAAUGUAUGCUUCUCAAAAUAACUUUAGUGGCCCAAUACCUCAACAACUUCUUGGCCUCCCUUCCUUAUCAAUCUAUUUGGACUUGUCUAAAAACCACUUUACUGGUUCCCUUCCCAUGGAGGUUGGGAAGUUGAACAAUCUAGGUGCAUUGGAUGUUUCUGAUAACUGUUAUCAGGAGAACUUCCGAAUAGCCUUGGUAGUUGUAUACAUCUAG